CUCUGUUCGGCACAGAGGAAAUGGGCGUGCUCCUUGGAAAAUUUGGAUGGAGUUGCUGUAAAAAUAAGGGGGGUGUGGUAAGUCUGAAAAUAGAAGACCACCAGAAGGGACACAACUGAAGUGGUGAAGCUGUGUUUAAGCAGCUCCUAAGAUCCGAUUGAGAGGAACUGGCAAUACUCAGUAGUUGAAAAUGGCCUACCUGCUUAUGUUUGUGACCCUGCUGCAUCUCAUCACAUUGGCAAUGCAGUUCAUUGCUACCAUGGAGAAGUCCUGGUGGGUGUGGGAUGGCCUGGAGAACUCAGACCUGUGGUACAACUGUAGGUUUGACAACUUCACAGAAUCUUGGUUGUGUACAUCCUCCAAAGAAACUGAUUGGCUCCAUGCAGUGCAGAUCCUGAUGGUUAUCUCAGUGGUGUUCUCCUCAAUCUCUUUCUUGGUGUUCCUGGGUCAACUUUUCACCAUGUCUAAGGGUGGGCUCUUCUACUUCACUGGGCUGUGUCAAGUCUUUGCAGGGUUGACUGCCUUUUGUGCAGCUCUCAUCUACACAUUACACAAUAAGGAAAUCCUUCAGGACUCCAGAGAACUGACAUCAGGACACUUUGGAUACUGCUUCAUCCUGGCCUGGGUGUGUGUCCCCUUGUUGCUGUGUAGUGGGCUCAUAUACGUCCACUUGCGCAAGAAAGAAUGAACAGAAAAAAUAUGUUUUCUUUUUCUGUUGGAACAACAGUUGGCUUGACUUCUUGUUAAUCAGAAAUGCUUUUUCUUCAAGACUCACAAACUCAGAAUUGCAUAUGGUAUGAUGUUUGCUCAGUCUUCAACUAAUGUGAUGUUUUUUAAUUAUAUGACAACAUGUAUAUUUUUUCCCCCCGAGGAAAUCUUGAAUCCUUAAUAUUAAGUCAAUAGGCUAAAAUGCCUGACCAAGGAAGAUAAAUACCAAAUCAGUGUUAUGUAUUUGUAUUAGUGUUGUAGGACUUACACGGCAUUUGAAUUGCUUUUAUAUUUUUCUAGGCCAAACUGGAAAUAUAUUUUUGUACCUAAAGCUUAUGUAGAAUAUAUUUAGUAACAGCUUUCAAUAAAUUUCACUCUAAGAAACAAAGUGUGUAAAAGUCCAUUGCCGGCCGGUUACUACUGAUCUGUUUGAAUUGUUGUGAUAAUAAAGUGCUCACUUUAAACCAAA